AAUUAAUCAACAGAAGAAAAACGUUUGUUUGCGUUGUUGCUGUUGAAACCGUCUAUAUAUAGAUCAGUGGUCAAACCUGCUUUCUGAUGUAAUUGUAGUCUGUCCGAAUCCCGUCUUCAUUUUUUAUGAUCCAGACGCUGAGUUCAGAGGGAAUUCCCCCUCACAUAUUGUCAUAUCACUGCUCAGAUGAUCACUGAAGCCUGUCCAUUCUGUUUUCAAAUGUGACUCACAUGAUCAGAGUCAACACAACAUGAACUCUGCUCCUACAGUGACGGUGGACGAGGACGCGCUCGCCUCAGCGAUUGGCUGAUCCGCUGCCUCAUUUGCAUACGCCGCUCAGGCAUAAAUACGGAACUGUCGGUGUUCAAAGAACCUAUUUUCUGCUGCGCAACUCAAACCAGAGACUCGCUCUUAAACGCUGUUUUUCGCCACGAUGUCGAUGACAGUGAAAGCGUACGUUAUCGGUAAGGACGACUGCCACAAGGAGAUCCGCCGCUUUGGAGUGGAUCAGGAGGUCGCAACAAGUUUUGAGUAUUUGAAGCAAAAAGUGCUCGAUGUUUUUGUCGGUCUCAGGAAUGCGCCCUUUCAAAUGUUCUACAAAGAUGAAGAUGGUGACAUGAUUGCCUUCUCCACUGACGAUGAGCUCAUGAUGGGUCUGUCUCUUGUGAAGAAUGACACCUUCCGUCUCUACAUCAAGCAAAAAAAGGAGCACAAACAUGAUUCCUCACCUCACGGGAGCUUUGGGUUCUCAUUCAGCCCGCCUCAUGGAGCCCCACACUUUAGCCCCCCAGGUCUUAAUCCUAUGGGUCCACCUCCAAUGGGUCCCCAAGGACCACCUCAUAUGGGGCCUCCCCAUCAUCACCCUCCUCCUCCUCCUCCUCAUUUCCCUCAGAUGCUGCACCAAGGGGUGACCUGUGAUGGGUGCGAUGGGCCAGUGGCUGGAACACGUUUCAAGUGCACCGUUUGCCCUGAUUAUGAUUUGUGCUCCUCCUGCCAGAGCACAGGCCUCCACAAGGAGCAUGCUUUCAUGCCCAUCUUUCUCCCAAUCCCCAACAUGUCUGAGUGGUUCCCACCUGGGAAGUUUUGGCAUAAGAUGAGACCCUGCAGGUGGGCAAAUACCCAGGCUCAGGCUCAUGCUCAGGCUCAUGCUCAGGCCUCAAACCAGGCCCAUGCUCAAGCUCAUGCUCAGGCCUCAAACCAGGCUCAGCCAGGUCCAUCUGAAAACCAGCAAAACAAGGAUGCUUCUGAAAACAUGGAAGAGAACGAUGGUAGUGCCUAUUCCCAGGCUAAUAUGGAGUACCUGAAGAACAUUGGAGUGGGAGUGUCAGCCAUUUUGAACCCCCUUGGCAUAGAUGUGGACAUCGACGUUGAGCGUGACGGGAAGCGGACCAAAUAUACAGCAUUUCAUCCUGCCUCCAGUGGGCCAUCUAGUGCUCCGAGUGAGAGUGGCUCCAGAGGGUCUGGUCCAGGAAGUCAGGCCCCUGAAGAGAGCGUCAGUGAGGGAACAAAGGGGCAGAAAGAACAAGGCAGUGACGAGGAAUGGACUCAUCUCAGCUCUAAAGAGGUGGACCCCUCCACAGGAGAGCUGCAGUCCCUCAGGAUGGAGGUGGACGGGACAGAUCUUCCAGCCCCGCCAAGUACAGGCUCUAGCACAAGCGCCUCGCAGGGUCCCAGUGGUCUGCGCGAGGCAGCUCUCUACCCACACCUUCCUCAAGAUGCAGACCCCAGGCUGGUGGAGUCCCUUUCUCAGAUGCUCUCCAUGGGCUUCACCGAUGAGGGUGGAUGGCUGACCAGACUGCUCCAUGCCAAGAGUUUUGACAUCGGAGCUGCCCUGGAUACCAUCCAGUACUCCAAACCAGACCCCACACAAUAA